AUGGAUCGAUCGAAAUUUGGCUUAGAUCUGGGAUUUCAUGAUUUGGUGCCGCGAGUGCCGAUGACCGACGAAGAGCGUUCGGGAUUAUUAACGAUUUUGGGCGAAGUACACAAAUGUGACUUAGAAGAUAUUGUUGAACUAAAAGAAUUGGGUCGCGGUGCAUUUGGUGUCGUUCGUAAGGCACAAUUUAAGAAAACCAAAACAUUAAUGGCUGUUAAGAUUAUUCCAAUAACGGGUAAUGCAGAAAAUAAUAAGCGUACCGUAAUGGAUAUGGACGUAAUUAUGCGCUCGCAUAAUUGUCCUCACAUUGUUCGAUGCUACGGCUGUUUCGUUUUCGAUUCUGAAGUUCGUAUUUGCAUGGAAUUAAUGUCAAUGUGUCUCGAAAAAUUGCUAAAAAUAGCUCAUUCAUUUCCCGAAACCAUUGUUGCGAAUAUUACAAAUUCCGUUCUUCUUGCUUUAGAUUAUCUCAAAGAAAACGAACCGGAACGAGUUGGUACAAGUGAAAGCGAAUAUGGAGUAAGGGCAGAUGUAUGGAGUUUAGGAAUUGCAUUAAUGGAAUUAGCAACCGGUCGACAUCCCUAUGAAGGUUGUUCAACAGAUUUUGAAUUAUUAACAAAAAUCAAAGGAGAACAACCACCACGACUCGAUCCGUCAUCCGGCUUCUCUAAUUAUUUUUGCAUUUUCAUCGCGAGGUGUCUUAUGAAAUGUCCUGUUGAUAGACCAAGCUAUAAGGAAUUGUUGGUAAUUAUUAAGGAAUUUUCUAUACAUUUUUUUCUAACAUGGCAAAAAUUUCCCAAUUUAUGA